CGAAGCUUUCGGACUUGGCACUUCCUGUGUCAGUGCAUGUUGCAUAUAGACGUGGCUACUAUCCGGUGAAACAGACGUGUCAAGAUGUCACGGCAGCAGGAGGAACUCAUGAGCAAAGCAGAGGAUGUUGCAGAUCAGGUAUUACGUCAUGGGAAACAUGUCCUACCACAUGUUGCAAGAUUGUGCCUGAUAAGCACUUUCCUUGAGGAUGGCAUCAGAAUGUGGUGUCAAUGGAACGAGCAGCGGGACUACAUCAGUGCGACCUGGGGAUGUGGCUGGUUCAUAGGGACAUUAUUUGUCGUUAUUAAUCUGGUUGGACAGCUUGGGGGUUGUAUCAUGGUGCUCAGCAGGCAACAGGUGCCCAUAGCCUGUGGAUUGUUAUGGGGAAUUAUUGCACUGCAGACCAUAGCAUAUAGCAUUUUGUGGGAUGUGAGAUUUCUUAUGAGAAACCUGGCUUUGGCAGGAGGCGUGAUACUACUGUUAGCUGAGAGCAAGGCAGAGGGUAAAAGCCUGUUUGCUGGUCUUCCAUCCAUGGGGGAAAAUACUUCUAAGACAUACAUGCAGUUUAGUGGUCGCAUUCUCCUUGUGCUCAUGUUCCUGACACUUCUACGCUUUGAGUUCUCAUUUCUCCACAUAGUUCAGAAUUUGAUUGGAUUGCUCUUGAUAGGAUUAAUUGCUGUAGGUUACAAGACAAAGUUGGCUGCCCUGGUCCUAGUUGUAUGGCUCACUUCUAUGAAUCUUUAUUUCAAUGCUUGGUGGACUAUCCCAGACUAUAAGCCAAUGAGAGAUUUCCUGAAGUAUGAUUUUUUCCAGACCAUGUCUGUAGUUGGAGGAUUGUUACUUGUAGUUGCUCUAGGUCCUGGAGGAGUCAGCAUGGAUGAGCAUAAGAAGAAAUGGUAAAAGCUCAUUGUGACAUUUUAAAGAGUCAAAGACUCAAAUAAAAGAUAAGUAGAUGUGACUCAGCAUGCUUACACUGCCCUCUAUUAGCACUGAGCUUAUCAUGGCUUUUGUGCUGUCUGAUGUUUCAUCACCUGAGCUGGGCUCACAUUAGCCGGCGAAAUUGAAGUUGAUAACCAUUUUGGCAGAGGAAAAUGUUAAAUUUUCAAUUCUUAUGUUCAACUGUUAAUCAUUUGGCAAAUUAUUGGUGUGGCUGAAACUGUACAUUUAAUUGUUUAAAAUAUGCUAGAGUGAGUCCAACAAAGGGCAGUGUGGAAGCACACUAGAGAUAGAUUUAUGCUAGUGAUGAGAUGGCUUGAAGUCUGAUAUCGGGGCCCAGUGAACCAUUGGGUGUUUGGAAUUGGAUGAAUUUUAAGGUGAUACAUAAUUAAGAAGACGUCAAGUUAUCAAUACCCAGAGUAAACUGAAACCAAAUCCACACUUUGUUUGAAACUUGAUGAUUUAGCACAUAAAACUGAAUAAAGAAUUACUUGUAUUCCGCGCGUAAGGUAGAAUUAAUCAAUAAUCACAGUUAUAGCCAUACUUUACCCACCUUAGAUAUAUUACUCAUAUGUUGUUUGUGUGUCUCUAUGUUAAGUGUAAAAUUAUGUAGAAAUAUUGUUUACCUGACCAAUGAAUUGUAAACUUUUUCCACAAAAUAUACAUGUUGGUAUUAAAGAGCAAGGAAUUUGUAGCUUAGACAUGACAUUUGCUUAGGUCAGUAAAAAGUUAAAAUUAUCUGUUAACACAUAGCCUCCUUACUGUCAAAAUUGUAGACCAUUCCUUUUGGAAAUGUAUUUGAAAUCUGUGAUGUAUAUAGUUCAGUAGAUAUAUAUUAAGAUAUUUUGCUGGUAAUGUGGUAGAGUUCACACUUGGCCAAUAUUGUCAGGAUUUUCAAAUUGUUAGCUAUAUAGGUAAGCAUAGAAAGAAGUAAGAGAGGAGGCAAUGUAUUUCUGGCGCCAUUUGUACUCUACACUUUUUGUAUUGUAUGUUGUGCCAUAGAGUGCAAAUAACAUCUUGGUGCUAGAAUUUCACAAGUUUGUAAUUUUUCCAAAAUACAUUUACAUUUAGAAUACUGUAGAGUAAAGAAAUAAAAGAAAUGCCCUUAACUGCAUUAUAUUUUUUAAGGAAAGCCCCUACUACACCCUGUUCAUGGUAGUGAUAAAUUGGUUUAUUUAUUGAUACUUGAUAUGUAUAGCUACUUAAAAUAGCAUUGCUCUAAGGAGCAAAUUUAUAUGCCAACUUCCAUCUCCUUUCUAUAAUAAGUUUUCAAACGGGGUCUCAUGAUAUAGAGGUCACUAUUGGCACAUUCAAGCUAACUUUGUAGUAGCUGGGUUGGUCCAACUCAUACCAAUUGCUAUCUCGCCUCAAAAUAGAAAGGUUAAAUUGACGAUUAUAGCUUCGAGAUCCCUAUGCUUAAACAUUGCAUUGAAAAAAUAUAAACGCUAAGAUUUUAUAUUUUUGAGGACUUUUUCAUUGUUUAAAAUCGGCACAAAGAAAGAUGUAUUAUUAAAUACAGGAAAAAAAAAAUCAUUUUUGUUAUUUGGUUUAUAACAAAGGGUUACAAUACCCUUAAGUGAGAAUCCACAGAAUUGGGCUGACCCAGCCAGUACUAUGUGUGAAUUUGAAUGCAGUUUUCUGAUUAAGAAAUGCCAAAAUUACUGACCUGAAGUAGAAAGCAACUUCACUCGAUAUCUCUGGCCCUGGUAUUACAGAUACUUGUAUAUCAAAUUAUUUACAUCUUCUAGUCUUAUGUGGAAAAUGAACAGCAGGGUGAAAUAAAAUGUAUGUUCACAGUA